AAGAUAUGUGUAUGGUGUAAAUGAUCGUUUAAUUUACAAUCUAUCGUAAUAAUGUUCAACUUUCUUUUUUUCUUGUUUGGAACUUAAAAAUAGAAUAAUAACUUUUUUUGAAGAUAUUUCAGCAAGUACAAAAAUUACAACAGUCACUGUGAUAUGAAUGAUUCUUUUUCGAGAAUAAUAGUCUACAAAUAUUUCAUAUGAAACAUCUAAACAAAAACAUCAUGUAAAACUUCGCUGAAGUAUUAAUAUAGAUGUCAUUUAUGCAUAUUUUUUAUAUUAAAAUUUAUCUUCUAUACUUCUGUUUUCCAAAGAAUUUUAAUAAGUUUCCUGAAAAUUUAAUUCAUAGUUUUUUAUCUGAAUUUUCUACAAAGAAGAUGUUUCAUUGGUUUUUCGAAUAAGUAUAUUUAUUUGGACAAUCUUUACAACGGCUAUAUUUUCUUCUUCUCUCUUCUGAUUUUAAGAUGCACAAUUUUAUUUUCAAUCGAUAUAUACUGAGUUGCAAUUCUAGACAAUAAUUAAACUAAAAAAAUUAUUUAAUUGUGAUAACUUAAGAAGAAAUAAAUUUUAGUCCAUAUAAUAAUAAGAAAAAAACUGAGUAAGAUUAAAAUAGUUAAAAAUUAGUAUCGACUAUCUCUCAAAUAAUUUUAAGUUUGCAACUGUUUCUGUUUCUUGUAGAAUUCGCCUUAUAUCAAAAUAAAACGCUAAACGCAACUGAACUCAUAAAAAGCCCACAUUCUAACGCGUAAUAAUAUCUAACGCCGUAAACACGUGUCGAUAUAUUUGACGAAAAUAAUAUCGUAAUAUUGUAUGCUUUUACUAGUUAUUACGCGUUAAAAUUUAUAACGGCUAACAAUUCGUUCAAAACUUUAGAGCGUUCUUUUAUUGAUUUUUACUGACUGGGUGGAGGAAGAAAUUUUUUCGUAUCUAAAAUUUCGAGAUCUAGGUCCGUCGUUCUUUCAGAAUAGGAUAUAAUGUUUCUAAAGAACAAGUUAGAUUUCAAAACUUCAGAUGCAAGGAACAUUUUUUUCUGCCAUUGCAUACUUAUUUUGGCGAUAUCCCGUCUAACUCUAGCCAUUUCGUUGGUCACUUCGAUAACUAAUAUUUUUUUUCUUUCCUGUUCUCUCCUGUGUGUAAACUAAAACGGUGUGAUGGGAAAAGGUCGAAAAGAAAAAUGUCGAAGAGAAAAGGUAAUCGAUCAUUACAGAUCAAUAUAAUUCGACGAUUGAAUGAUUGAAACAUGCCCAGUCUGAUUUGCUCGAAUCGUCAGAUGUGUUACUUUGUUUAACUGAUGUUGUCAUGUAAAUUCAAGCACUGUUGACAAAUAUCCAUCAUCAUUGAUUGAUUUAGUUGUCUUUGAUUUCUCUCGAGUAGCCAUAUCAUAUUAAUAGGAUUUCGAUAAAAAAUCAUCAAUAAUUGAGGAUGUAAUGGUAGAAUUUUUGUUAUUUCAAAUAUGAAAAAUUUAUCCUCUAAUACUAUUUCAAUUUUCAAGUCUUAAAAACAAAAAAAGAUGAGACAAUGUCGAUUAUAAAUAGUUAUGAUUAUUUGUAAACUAAUUUCUGUUUAAAUACUCUAGAAUUUGCAAGAAAUAUACUUGUUCAAUUAUUAAAAUCUGUUAUAAGUUCAUAGUGAUUAUUUCUUAUUCAUAUUUUAUUCGACAUUUCUACAUUUUUCUUUUCGAUACUUCUCUCCGUUAUUUCUCGUUUCGAUAUUUUUCCUGUCGAUCUUUGUUCAGUCAUUCGUCUAUUAUAUCGAACAAAGGUCGACUACAAGGAGAAAAAAUUAUAGAAUCUAAUAUUUUUCUCCUCGACGAGAGAACGUAUAUAUAUAUAAGUGCAUUGUAAACAAGUUCAAUUCAAAGAUAUCUACUUUCAUUUAUACCAUAUUCUCCUCUCUUACUGCAUAUCUACGUACAUUAAACAUGCAUCGAUUUUUGAUCCUUGUUCUACUCGUUUCCUUGGUUGGCUUUGCCCUGUUCAACAUCGGUGUUAGUGGCUGUCUUGACUUUGGACACGCCGGUUGUGAUUUAAGUUCAUUAUCGAAUCUUUACAGAUGUUGCAAAGGUAGUCGUUGCACUGAAGUUGGACAUGAACAUAAGUGUCUAUAGUGAACAUAGACACGUCGACAAACAAACAAAAAAAGACUACACUAAACUUCUUUAUUUGUUGUUAAUUCAUUCUUCUUCUACAUAAUAAUUAAAAAAUAAGUUCUUAAUCUGAAAAAUUCUGCUUCUGUUCACAUCCAUCGCAGACUAUUUAUGUAAAACAUGCCUAGUUCUAUUUGGUUUAUAUAUUCUAUAAUCGGAAGCACAUUUUUCUCUCAAUUCAAUUAUUCAGUUGUUUAUAAGAAUAUUGAGCCUUCGAUAAUAACAGUAGAUCUGUUUUUAAAUAUUUAUUUUUUUGUUCCUAUAAACUAAAGUAGACAAUAUUUGAUAAGAUGAAAAAAGAACAAUAACGCUAGUAAUAUGAAAUAAGUUAAAAUCAUGUAGGGAAGAGAAAGCGAGUGAUAGUAAGAAAGAGACAUUUAAGAAAAACUGAUUAAGUAUGUGUCUUACUUGAUAGAUCCUAAAUAUUAUUUAAUACAGCUAUUGAUAAAAUAAGCAGCUGUAUACCAUAAUAUUUUCUUUAUAGACAUUUGCGAAUAAAAAGAAGUGUGUUAAAAGAAAGUGAAGAACGAAAACAAAACUCUUUUCUUCUAAAUAGAAUAUAAAAACAGAGCAAAAUAAAUACUACAGCAUCAUAUAUAAAUAACAGAAUAGGAAAAUAAUUUCUUCCAGCAUAAAAUGAUACGUGUUAUAUUAUACACGAGGAAAAAAGAAACAAAAACUUUGAAGUAAUUAUAAUGAACAAAGAGUUGAAUAUAUCGGUUGCGAAUAAUAUAUUUUGAAAACUUGUCUUAAUACUAUGUUCUAUAAGAAAUCAUUAAAAAUUAUACUCUAAUCAUAAAUUAAUUACCAAAAUGUAAAUAAAAUACAAUCAUAUAUCUUUCAUCAUAUUUGAAAAAAUCACAUCAAACAAUAUUCAUCCAAAUAAAGUUCUUAUUUUUUUUAUUCAUGAGUAAAUUCACAAUCAUAUUGAAUUUAAAAUCUAAUUACAAAUUAAUAUCGUAGAGAAUAUGUGCAAAUAAAAUGAUGAUAUAUUUCUAUAGUGAAGAAACUCACUAUCAUUUCAAUCUAAUGUCUAUUAAGGCUUCAAACGUUAUGAUAUCAAUUUCAGAAAGAUGAAAUUUUGUUUUAAAAAAAUGAUUGAUCAUAAAUAGAACAAGAAUAUGGUGUAUUAUUGAAUUACUUGAAAUCAUGUUUGUUAUAAAACAAAUGUUCAGUCAGAUAAUAAAUAUCUUUGAUUCGUCAAUUUUAAAUUAGAAUUUUUUUACUAUAAACGAAGAGAGAUUUUUACAUACAUGAUUAAUCCAAAAAAAGAUUGAUUUGUAUAAAUUAAUCUAUAAAUUCCGUAUGCUUCAAGUUACAUAAUCUUGAUGAAGUAGUUUAUUUUGAGGGUAUAGAUACUAUGUUGAUUGCUCAUACUCACAACAUUCACACGCGCACCCUCACCGGAACAAUAAUAUUUCAUUUAUUCAUUUAAAAAUAUUUAAUACGAUAUACUUUUGGUAAUAUAUUUAAGAAAUUCGUUAUUUUAAAUAUUCAUGAGUUAUAACCAAUCUAGAAUUGCAUUUAUUUAACAUGAAUGAUAGUACAAAUUUCAGUUUUUGUUGAAUAAAUAUAUUCUUAACUCGAUAUUAUAAAGGAAGUUGAGCCAAUUGUUUAUGUAACAUAUUAAUUUGUAAAUACAAUUAUAUAGUAUCUAGUCUUAUAGAAAAUAUCAAUGGUAUUAUGUAACUAUUUGGAAAUGAAUGAUAAUCUAAAAAUAAAAUUGUAGACCUAGAUUGAUGAUUUUGACUUCUCAUACCUAUUUAAUUUAUUCAUUUGUUUUUUUACCGUUAAUAAAACGCUAACUAAAAGCAAUAGACAAUUUAUUGUUUCUUUUUUUGUUGUUUAUACUAAUCAUUGAAUUUACUGUCCUGGACUCUUUAAUAAAAUAUAAUUACUCCUACGCGACAGGUAAGAAGAAAAUAACAACUAUAUUUAGAUCUAUGAAAAAAAAUAUCCUAAAUUUUUGCCUUUAACACAUAUCGCCUACAUUUAUUGACAAUACGAAAGAUAGUUGUUAGAAUAGAUAAAGGAUGCAAAAUCAGUGAAGCAAAGGAUAUUCGAUCAAUCUUCUCAGUGAUACAUACAAACCCGUUAUAAGCUUCACGUUUCAUAUUAAUUUAUAUUUGAAAAGAAUAAGAAGAAUAUGAGUGAUAAAAAGCCAUUAUUAAAGACGCAUAACCCAUUAUCUAUUGACACUGAUAGCGACAACGAAAACAAAAGGUAUGAUAGAAACAAUCUAUAAUAUUGAUAAACACAUAACAAACUUAUCAUUAAUUGUAGUUUUUCCAACUGGCGUCAAUAUUUCAAUCAACAAAAGACGAAUGCUAGGAAGAAAAAGUUAAAUGAUGAGAUCAAACAUACUACUAAAGAUAUUCCAGUCAGUUUUUUACAAUUGGUAAGUAUAUUAAAAUAUAGAAUAUCAUAAGAAAAAGUAAUAAAAGUACAAAGUUCAAAGCAUGCUGUUUUUCUCUUUAAUAAUAGUUUCGAUUUGCUGAUCGUAUUGAUCUUCUUCUUAUAACUAUUGCUCUGUGUCUCAUAUUGGGGCAUGCAGCAUGUCUUCUCGCAAAAGUAAUUCUUUUUGGUCAAAUCACGGGAUUAUUUGCCACUACAUCAUUCUCCGUUGAUUGUGAUAAUCAAUAUCAAAAUUUAGCAUCUACAAUUAUCAAUAAUACUGUAUGUCCCCUUGGUAUUGAUCUUAAUCCAUUAAACUAUGAUCGAUUACAGAAACUAUGCCAUUAUCAUAAUAAAACUGUUUCAUCGUCAUUAUCUCCACUGACGCCUUUAUUUCGACAAAAUGUUAUGCAUCUAGUUUAUUUGUUCUUCGGUUUUAGUAUUCUUAUGUUUCUAUGUGCUUCUCUUGAAUAUAUCUGUUGGACAAUAGCUACGAAACGACAAACAUCUCGCAUGAGUGUUUUACUCUUUCAAUCACUUAUACAACGUGUAAUACUUGGACUUAUUCAAAUGAUGAUUUUCAGUAUAAUUAUAUCUUUUAUUCUCAACUGGCAAUUAUCUUUAAUUAUGUCUUGUAUAAUCCCGAUUGUUGUUGUUAGUUCAUUGAUGUUUGCUAAGCUCAUCACAAAAGAAACAGAAGAACAAUUAAGUACAUAUUCAAAUGCUGGACAAAUUGCUCAAGAAGUAUUUAGUUCAUUGAGAACUGUUCUUUCAUUCAAUGGAAGCAAAUGGCAACAAAAACAAUAUGAAAAAGAAUUAAAAUUGAAUGAAUGGUGUACUGUUCGCAAGAAUGCUGCAUUUGGUGCUUAUAAUGGUUGGUUAUUUUUUAUAUCCUUUCUAGUUUAUUCAAUUGGUUUUACUUUUGGUUCCAUUCUUAUGUCUUAUGGAAACCAUCGUACACUGACCAUUAGUGAGAUUCUUAUUGUCGUAAAUAUGUUUGCACAAGCUUUAGAUCUUCUUAAUUCAACUGGUCCCUUCUUUCAAUCAAUUGCGGAAGCUCAAGGUGCAGCAGUAUCCGUAUUUCGACUUAUUGAUGAGGUCCAUGAUGAACAUAUCAAUGAAAAAGAAAUAUUGCAAGAGAAAACAUCUGAUAAAAAAUUGAUUUCUGCUAUCAAUGGUGACAUUGAAUUUGACAAUGUUAAUUUUUCUUAUCCAUCUAGAGAAAAUGUGACAGCUUUGAAUAAUCUUAAAUUGAUUGCUCGUGCUAAUCAAACAACUGCUCUUGUAGGUUCAAGUGGUUGCGGAAAAAGUACAUGUGUAUCACUUCUUCUUCGCUACUAUGAACCUUCGUCAGGCACAAUUAUGAUUGAUGGUCAAUCAAUUACAGAUUAUAAAAUCAAACAGUUUCGUCAAAAUAUUGGAGUUGUUAGUCAAGAACCUAUUCUAUUUGGAAUAAGUAUUUAUGAAAAUAUUCGUUUUGGUAAAUUGAAUGCAACACGUGCAGAGAUUGAAAAUGCUGCAGAACAAGCUAAUGCACAUAAAUUCAUUAUGAAACUACCAAAUAAAUAUGACACACUUGUUGGUGAACGUGGUAUACAAUUGAGUGGUGGUGAAAAACAACGUAUUGCAUUAGCUCGUGCACUUGUCAAACAACCCAGUAUUCUUUUGUUAGAUGAAGCAACAAGUGCACUUGAUAAUGUUAGUGAAAAAAUUGUUCAAGAAGCACUUGAUCGAGCAUGCGAAAAUCGUACAACUAUAGUUAUCGCUCAUCGUUUGACUACGAUUCAAAAUGCUGAUUAUAUAUAUGUAUUAGAUCAAGGAGGUGUGGUUGAAGAAGGUACACAUGAAACAUUAUUGGCAAAAGAAGGAGGUAAAUAUCAAACAAUGGUCAAAAUGCAGCAAGCUGAAAAAACGAUUAAUACUCAAGAUGGCUUAAUGAAUAUGACAAAAGCAACAGCUGAAGAUGAACAACAAAUAUUGGAACGUGUUCGUCUAUUGAAUGAGAGCGAAGCAACUGAUAUCAAUCAAUUUGUGACUUUUGGGAUCGUAGGAGCGAAAUUAGUUAGUCGUCUUCGUUCAAAAGCUUUCGCAUGUUUUCUUCGUCAAGAAGUAGCUUAUUUUGAUCGACCUGAAAACAGUUCCGGUGCUAUAUGUACUCACCUCGCGUCUAAUGCAGCUGCUAUUCAAGACAUGGUUGGUACAAGAUUAGGUGUUGUUUGUCAAGCUUUAUCCAUGUGUAUUUUUGGCUUCACACUUGGCUUUUUUUACAACUGGCAAUUAACAAUAAUCAUAGCGAUUCCUUUCAUUAUUCUACUGAUCGUCAGUAUUAUUCAAAUACGGUUGAGUUCAUGGUUAAAAACACAAUCUAAUCUCAUUUACUUUCAAGCUAGCACGCUUACUGUUGAAGUUAUUACUAAUAUGCGCACAGUAAAACAAUUAUCAAUGGAAAAUGAAGUUUUACGACAAUAUUCGAAUAUGAUUGAUGAAGUAUUAAUGAUUUCUGCUUUUGGAAUGUUUGCAUUAAAAUCACUAAAUCUUGUUGGAAUGUUAGCACAACGUAUUGGUACAUCGUUUGCUGCUGCUCACGCUUUUUUUGAUCUAUUUGAUCGAAUACCAACUAUUGAUAAUGAAUCUAAUAAAGGACACGAAUUAACUAACUUUAGUGGACAAACAGAAUUUAAUCAAGUUAAAUUUGUUUAUCCAAGUCGUCCAACAGCUCUUGUUCUUAAUAAACUUCAAUUAUCUAUUAAAUCAGGUCAACGUAUAGCUCUUGUUGGUGCAUCGGGAUGUGGAAAAUCAACCAUAGUUCAAUUAUUAGAACGAUUUUAUGAUGUCACACACGGACAAUUGCUUCUUGAUGGUGUUGACAUUCGGCAAUUAAAUAUUCAAUGGCUUCGUUCUCGUUUGGGUGUUGUUAGUCAAGAACCAGUUUUAUUUGAUUUAACAAUUGCCGAAAAUAUAACAUAUGGAUUAGAAAAUAUACCGAUGGAUGAGAUUAUUCUUGCUGCCAGGAAAGCUAAUAUUCAUAAAUUUAUCCAACAAUUACCUGAAGGUUAUGAUACAAAAGUUGGAGUAAAAGGUAGUUUCUUAUCAGGUGGUGAAAAACAACGUAUUGCUAUUGCUCGAGUUCUUAUUCGUCGACCUAAAAUAUUGUUAUUAGAUGAAGCUACAAGUGCUAUGGAUCCAUACAAUGAAUAUAUAGUACAAGCAACUCUUGAACAAGCUCAAACAGAAGAUCCUAGUCGAACAUCACUUAUUAUUGCACAUCGUCUUUCAACCAUACGUUCAUGUGAUUUAAUACAUGUACUUGAAAUGGGUCGUAUAGUCGAAAGUGGUACUCAUACAGAACUAAUACAGAAAGGUGGAAUUUAUUAUAAAAUGUUAAAUGCUCAAAACAAUGUACAAUAA